GAAGCACUGAGUUACAAAGUAGUGGGUGCUGCUCAACUACACUCAGUUUGUUUGCAGGGCAUCAUGAGUAAAGAAGAUGACUCUUUGGAGAGCCUGGAUUCUGAAUUUGACCACUUUCUGGUUGACAUGAAACCGUACGUGCUCAGACGUCCUCACAAGUCAGAGCGUCAGCGAUGUGCUCUGUGGAUUAAGAAGCUGUGUGACCCCGUGGCUUCCGGCUCUGGACUGAGAGGCAGGAAAAACCGCAACGUCUAUGCAAGGCUACUUCUGCAAAUGCUCAGAAGGGGUGUCCUUGAGGGACCUUUUGCGCACAAACCUGAAGCAGGCACCCUUAAAACUUUACCAACAUACAUGUCCAUCUACUUUGAUGAGCCACUUGGUGCUAGAGGGUUGGGUCCAACCACACUGCCAGACUGGGUGUCAGGUGAGCUGGCUUAUGAAGAUGAGAUGUGGUCCAGCCUGGCGAAAGACUCCUCGUCCCUUCUGAACGCUCAGAGGAGGAGGAAUCGGUUCAGUGACGAGUCUCCAACCAGACCCUUAUCCUCUAGUCCCCUCAGACCCAGACAAGCUACCACGGAGGAUAAGAUGGAUGGGCGACGCAGGCCGCAGCCCAACUCCUCUGACGACAGUGACCUAGAGGUGCGCCUCAACAGCUGGAACCUUGGGAUCGAGAACCCCAGGUAUUUACGGCAAAGCCCUAUUGCCCUGUCUCCGAUAUAUCCCAAAUCAGGCCUGGGAAAAAACAGUGUCCUUCCCGAGGAGCAAGUCCCAGUUUUCAAUCCCGAUAAGGAGAUCGAAAUGAGGACCAAAGUUCUGGAGGCCAAACACCAAGAGGAGAAGCUGAAACUGCAGCAGAGACAUGACGCUGAUGUUCAGAAGAUUUUGGAGCGAAAGAACGGCGAGAUCGAGGAGCUGAAGAGCUUGCACCGCACCAAGCAGAAAGAGGCGGACGAGGUGGUUCGUGCGCUGCAAAAGAAAGUGCAAAGCUUGCUGCGUGAGUCCCAGGUCAUCCGGCAGAGCAAAGAGGAGCAGAUUGCCGAGUUGAAGAAAAUGGCAGAUCAAAGCGCGGACUCCCUCAAAAACGACUGGGAGAAGAAGCUGCACGCAGCAGUGACGCAGAUGGAGCAGGAGAAGUUCGAGCUUCAGAAGAAGCACACGGACAACAUCCAGGAGCUGCUGGAGGACACCACGCAACGGCUGGCCAAGAUGGAGGCAGAGUACAGAGCCCAGCUGCAGGCCACCGAGCAGACAGUGCGGGAGUUGGAGACACGAGUGAAGCAGCUCUCUGUAGAGGUGGAGAAUGGAAACCUGCUCAGACAGAAGGUCACGCAGGAGAAGGCAGAGCUGGAGAUCCACAUCGCUGCCAUCAGUGCUGAAUUACAGGAGGCCAACCGCAGAAACACUUCUCUGCAGAGAGAGAACAGCGUGCAGAGAGAGCAACAUGAGGAGGCACUACAGAAACUUGAAGUCAAACACGAUGCUGACAUCAGCCACUUCCACCAGGAACAUGCACUGUCUGCAGUCAAGGCGUCGGAGGUUAUCGAAGAUCUGGAGCGCCUGGUGUCUCAGCUCAAACUGCAGCUGAAAGACAGCGAGCACAGGAGACAGAAACAGAUCCGGGACCUGGAAAAUAAAAUGCAGACAGAGACUACAGACCUUCAGCAUCACUGCGAGAGAAAGGUGCAGGCUCUGCAGGGCGAGCUGGAUAAGGAGCGGGCCGAAGCCAGGAAAAAGGCCAGCAAGCUGGAGGAUGUAAUCAGGGAGAGAGAGGAGCAGCUGAGUCGCCUGAGGGACUCACAGAGGCAGCAGAUGCUGCAGGCAGAGAGUGCUCUGGACAGCUUUAAGAAGCAGCUGGAGAUCAGCUCCGAAAAGGCCUAUGCAGAUCUGAAACAGCAGAUGGAGAGGGUGGAGGCCGAUCUGUCCCAUUCUAAGUUGCUGCGGGAAAAACAGACCAAGGAGUUUGGCCACCAGCUGGAGGACCUGCAGCAGAGAUAUGAGCAGCAGAUCGUGGAGCUGAAACUGCAGUACGAACAGGAACGGAGCCACCUUUUCCAGCAGCACAAUGCCGAGAAGGACAGCCUGGUCCAGGACCACCAGCGGGAGAUCGGCAGUCUGCAGCAGCAGACGCGCGCCGCGAUGCUUCAGCACCAAGCGCAGACUCAGGAGUGGAGGAAGCGCGAUGCCCAGUCCAUCUCCGAGCUGGAGGCCCAGGUGCAGUCUUUACGGGAGGAGGUGCUGGCAGCUCACAGUCAGCGGAAGCAGCAGUUGGCUGAGCUGGGAGUCCUGCGCGAAGAGGAGCGUCAGCAGGCCGCCCGCGAGCAGGAAGCGGCGCUGGACCGUCUCCGCACCGAGAUGGAGCGCGCCCGCCUCGACCUGGAGAAGAUCCAUGCCGCUGAGAGAGAUCUGGCCCAGGAGAAGGCCAACAGCCGCUUGAAGCAGCUCGAGAAGGAGUAUAGUCAGAAGCUUGCCAAAUCCGCACAGGCCAUGACAGAGCUGCAGACGGCGCUAUGUUCAGUGAAGGAGGAGAGCAAACAGAGGCAGCAGGCUCAACAGCGCCAACUAGAGGAGACCCAGGCACACUGGGACGAGGAGAGGAGGCAGCUCAGCCGUGACGCUGAACGGGCCAGCAAGGCUCUCCAGGAGCGGGUGGAGGCCUUACAGAGACAGCUGCAUGCUGCUGAGAAGUUGUUGCUGAGCAGGGAUCUGGAGUUCCAGGAGCAGAUUACACGCAUCCGUCAGCAGUAUGAGAUGAAGAUCAAAGGCCUGAUGCCCGUCGAGCUCAGGCAGGAGCUAGAGGACACCAUCACCUCCCUAAAGUCACAGGUGAACUUCCUCCAGAAGAGAGCGUCUGUUCUACAGGAAGACUUGGACACUUGCCGCAGCAAGAGGUAAUCGAGGACAUCAUAUAUUAACCAUUAUGUUCGUUUACUGGUGGAGAUUUCAAGAAUGAAGUGAGCAUUACAGCGCCUCCAAAAACAGCGAAGAGCCCCAUCCUCAUCCUCAAUCUCUGCGUCUGGGAGCAUAUUAUUAUUGCGCUUGUACGUUUCCUGUGCCAUGUGAAUUUUCCUGUAUUGUUUUGAUGUUUUUAUGCACUGAUCCAUCAUAUUUAUUUACUGUUUUUAACACAUUUUCAAGUUGUUUUUGCUUUACUCAUGAGACUUUAGUCCUGUUCACUUGAUUCAGAAAAAUGAGGCAAAUGGCUUUUAUUAAAUGCUUUUU